CAUCUGUAAUUAACCCGCAUGUCAUUUUCGAUAAAAGCGAAAUGCUCCGCUAAUAUAAACAAAAUGGUUUGAAACCGUUCGAGACUUUUGACGAAAACAUCCCCGUCGUUAUUCUCCUGGUGUAUCGUGUAUCUAUCAUCAUGUGGAAGUGUCACAAAUGCGGAAAACCCGUUUAUUUUGCUGAACGUAAACAGUCUUUGGGAUAUGAUUGGCAUCCAGAAUGUUUACGAUGCGAGGAAUGUGGAAAGCGGUUGAAUCCUGGACAACAUGCAGAGCAUAAAGGUGUACCUUAUUGCCAUGUUCCUUGUUAUGGAGCACUUUUUGGACCUCAAUUAUUUGGUCAUGGCACAAGAGUGGAAUCGCAUACAAGUUUUGGGAAGAAAGAAAGUAGACCAUCAUUACCAAGAUCACAUUUAGAAUCCAAGCUGAAAGUUUUUAACCAGUAUUAUGAAGGCAAAAGUGGUGGAAUUCGAAGCCGUGAGGUCAAUGGAAGAUUGAUAUUAGAAGGUGCAUUAAGAAUUUAUUGGGGAGUUCGUGGUGUAAUUCAUCUGAAAGAAGAUGAUGAUCAACGCACAGUAGUUACUGCACGAAAUAGAAAUUCAUGCAGACAUAGCGUUUCUGAGGAUAUCGAAGAUGAAGAUAAAGUAGAUGAGCUAUCCAAGAGUACAUCAGAUAGUAGUGCGGAGAAUAAUACAAAGUCUGUUCCAACGUCUCCGGAUCAUUUAAAGAGUCUCACUUUGCCCAUGAAGCUGGAUGUCAAAAACAUGGAAUGGGAUGAGCUAGAUGAGCUUCUACAGGUUGAACGAAAAGUUGAAGAUGGCAAUAAAUUGUAUCAGACGAUGCCUGAAAAUCUCCCGUCGAUAAGUUCGCAGUCUAGCGUGGAUACACCACCGCUUUCGUCCCAGUCGAGUCUCGAUCGAUCGGACUCUCGCGAUAACUCGGAAACGAGCAGUCCUAAUCAUCAAACUGCUAGCCGAGAGGAUAGCAGCAUAAAUAGCACACCAACGCACAGCAUAGGUAGUUCAUCCAGUACAGACACACCUGGCUGUAAUUUAGGAGCUUCUAAUCGAAACGGUACGCUUCGAAGAGUAGAGUACUUUGACAACUUGGAGAAGAAUGCUGGCAAUAGAUCUAUCAGCACCGAUGACAGCUGGAUCGAGAAGGGGUUGAAUCGAUCGUUGUCCGGUCCCGAUUGCUUGCAGAGACACAGAACUGAUAGCGAUACGGAUUCGGUGAAUUCCUUGCAGUUCAGAGAGGACGAUAAUAUGACUAUGUCUACGGAUAGCGGAUUAGAGCUGGACGGUGUUGUUUUGCGCCGUAAGCAAGGUUCCACCGCGAUCAGACGACGUCCGGGCGGCAGACGUCAAUCGCGUAAUCGAUUACGACGUCGUUGCUCAAUCAACGGCCAUUUUUAUAAUCGAGAGACCAGUUUCUUCACGCCACCUCAUGGUUCGCAAAUGUCCGUCUGGGUGACGAGUCUAGUGAACACCCAAGAAGUCAUCAAUCUUAUGUUGGACAAGUACAAAGUCGACGCCAAGUCCGAUAACUUUGCGUUAUUCGUAGUGCGCGACAAUGGUGAACAAAGAAGAUUGAGAGACGACGAGUAUCCUUUAGAAGUCAGGGUAGUCCUGGGUCCGCACGAGAACGUUGCACGACUCUUUCUGGUUGACAAGUUAUCUACACCUGAGAUCAGUUCCGAUGUUGCGCAGUUUCUUAAUUUAUCUUUAGCGGAAUGCCAUGGUAUACUACAACGUUAUCAUUACGAAGAGGAACGUCAGAUUCUCCUUCUAAAAGAAAAAUAUAAGGAAAUGCGGAGAAGAAUAAAGCAAAGAAUGGAAGAGCUAAAAGUCCGAUUGUAGAUAGAAUGAUAAAAAACCAAGGUAUGCAAUUAUUUUUAUAUAAACGCUUAACAAAUGUCUUUAUAAAAUAAUAUUUACCAAGGAUCUAUCAUUCAUACUGCGCAAUACGUAAUUGCAACAACAUGACACAAUUUAUGGCAUUUUAGUUUUAUUUGUAGCUUAACAAUUCGUUGCAUUUUUUUUCGAAUCAUUUUGAAUCUCUAUUGCAUUUAUCUAUAGUCAUUAUAUAUAUAUUCAU